AUGACUUAUAGAAAACCAUUAACUGAAUUUACAACUCCAUUAGGGUCUGGUGCUGGUGUUCCAAAAGAUAAACGACCUCCUAAAGUUACUGAUUCUCUUCAAAGAUUAGCAAAACCAUUUAAAGUGCCAUUCCUUGCACGUCUGGAAAAUAAUAUUCAUUCAUCAAGAUUAGAAAGAAAAGUUAAAAAGAGAACAAGUUAUGCAAUUGAAGGAAUAGAAGGUGAUGAAAACGAUCAACCUAUAAACUCUAGAAAAUUUGGUGUUUUACUACCUAGAUCCAUGGUAAAUAAUGAUAAUAUUCAACAUAAAUUAAGACGUAAUUUUACUGUUCCAUUUAACAAAGCCACAGCGAAAUCAAAUGAUAUUCAAAGAUGUCCACCACCACCAUUAGGUACCAAAAUUAAACCAAUAAUACCGCCUCGCGCAUUACAUGAUCCCAUGGCUGAAUUUGCCAUUGUUUUAUAUGAUCCAACUGUUGAUGUAAUACCCAAAAUUGAAGAAGUUCCAACUACUGCCGAGGAAGAUAGCUCAAUUGAUAAAGCAUAUGAAGAAAAUGAAGAAGAACAACCAAAAAAGAAAAGAAGAGUUCAUAAAUCAUUAGCUGAAAUAUUAGGUAUAGUUACUAAUCCCGAAGAAAAAUUAUUAAAGUAUCCUAAUGUCCCAGUUGUCAUUGAUCCAAAAUUAGCUAAAAUUUUACGUCCUCAUCAAAUUGCUGGUGUUAAAUUUUUAUAUAGAUGUACUGCUGGCUUAUUAGAUGCAAGUGCAAAAGGUUGUAUAAUGGCAGAUGAAAUGGGUUUAGGUAAAACUUUACAAUGUUUAACAUUAAUGUGGACAUUAUUAAAACAAUCUCCAAGAGGUAAAAAAACAAUUGAAAAAUGUAUAAUAGUAUGUCCCUCAUCAUUAGUUAGAAACUGGGCAAAUGAAAUUGUUAAAUGGUUAGGUGAAGGUGUUUUAACUCCAUUAGCAAUUGAUGGUAAAUCAACAAAAUCAAAUGAUUUAGGUGGUGCUUUACAACAAUGGUCAACUGCACAAGGUAGAAAUAUAGUACGACCGGUUUUAAUUAUAUCAUAUGAAACAUUAAGAAGAAAUGUUGAUAAAUUAGCAGGUACAGAAGUUGGUUUAAUGUUAGCUGAUGAAGGUCAUAGAUUAAAAAAUGGUGAUUCAUUAACAUUUACAGCAUUAAAUUCACUUCGAUGUGAAAGAAGAGUGAUACUUUCAGGUACUCCGAUUCAAAAUGAUUUAUCAGAAUAUUUUUCAUUACUAAAUUUUGCCAAUCCUGGUUAUUUAGGUACUAGAAAUGAUUUUAAAAAAAAUUUUGAAAAUGCAAUUUUAAGAGGUAGAGAUGCUGAUGCAACUGAUAAAGAAAAAGAAAUUGGUGAUAAGAAAUUAAAUGAAUUAGCACAAUUAGUUUCAAAAUUUAUAAUAAGAAGAACCAAUGAUAUUUUAUCAAAAUAUUUACCUGUUAAAUAUGAAUACGUAUUAUUUACAGGAUUAUGUCCAAUGCAAAAACAAUUAUAUAAUCAUUUUAUAACAUCACCUGAAAUUAAAAAAUUAUUAAAAGGUGUUGGAUCACAACCAUUAAAAGCAAUUGGAUUAUUAAAGAAACUAUGUAAUCAUCCUGAUUUAUUAAAUUUACCUGAUGAUAUUGACAAUUGUCAACAAUUUAUUCCAGAAGAUUAUGAAUCCUCAAUUUCAAAUUCUGGAAGAAAUAAAGAAAUUCAAUCAUGGUUUAGUGGGAAAUUUAUGAUUCUUGAGAGAUUUUUAUAUACUAUAAACCGUGAAACAAAUGAUAAGAUUGUCCUAAUCUCAAAUUAUACUCAAACAUUAGAUUUAAUUGAAAAAAUGUGUAGAACUAAAAAAUAUGGUUGUUUAAGAUUAGAUGGUACUAUGAAUAUCAAUAAACGUCAAAAAUUAGUCGAUAAAUUUAAUGAUCCAAAUGGUCAGGAGUUUAUCUUCUUAUUAUCUUCAAAAGCUGGUGGAUGUGGUAUAAAUUUAAUUGGUGCAAAUAGAUUAGUUUUAAUUGAUCCUGAUUGGAAUCCAGCAUCUGAUCAACAAGCAUUAGCUAGAGUUUGGAGAGAUGGACAAAAGAAAGAUUGUUUUAUUUAUAGGUUUAUUUCAACAGGUACAAUUGAAGAAAAAAUUUUUCAAAGACAAUCAAUGAAAAUGUCAUUAUCAAGUUGUGUUGUUGAUGAAAAAGAAGAUGUUGAAAGAUUAUUUAGUUCUGAUAAUCUAAAACAAUUAUUUCAAUAUCAACCAAAUACAGAAUGUGACACUCAUGAAACAUAUAAUUGUAAAAGAUGUAAUAAAGAAAAGGGUCAAUUUAUAAAAGCACCAGCUAUGUUAUAUGGAGAUGCAACAACUUGGAAUCAUUUAAAUCAUGAAUCAUUGAAAAAUAAUGAAGAUAUUUUAAUUACUAAUGAAGCCAAACAUAAUGAGAUAUCAUUUGCAUUUCAAUACAUAUCGCAUUGA